AUGGCUCAAUUGUUUGGUCUAAGUCAUGAGGAUGGGACCGUGGAACUGGUUCAAGCUGACUCAUGGCCUUUCAUGGCUUCAGCCAACGCAGUAGAGGUCAGAUUUUACGAGGAUGAUCUUGGUCCUCUUUAUUUCACGGGGUCAAAUAAGAACGGCCAACCUACAGGAGUCUCGGCCCAAAAAUUGAUAGACUUGGGGGCAUAUGAUGCACAAACAGAUGCGGAGCGCCCCACAAUGGCUGAUUUCUUCUCUCUCAAUAAGUGA